AUGACAAUGAGUUCACCCUUCUCAAAUGACUUCCAACAGAGCACCAACAGGAAUGUGGUUGAACUGGAGAUACUCAUCAUGGAUAGUCAGGCACGCACAUGUAAAAAAAAAAAAAAAAAAAAAAAAAAAAAAAAAAAAAAUGAAGUCCUUGCUUUUGUUCAUUUCCUCAUUUGGUUUGGAGCUGCAGAGCUAAAACCCCGGAAAGGAUCAGGGCUUGUGUGUACUUUCAAAGACAAGACAUAUAACCCAGGUGACAGCUGGCAUCCUCAUCUGGAGCCUUUUGGCUACAUGUUUUGUAUACGUUGUGUCUGCACAGAGGCAGGCCAUGUGAAAUGUAACACAAUCAAGUGUCCUGUCCUGCCAUGUGAAAACCCCGUAGCUGAGCCUCAGCAGUGUUGUCCAAGAUGCACAGACGAGCCGAGGAUUCCUGCAGGGCUGAGAGCUUCAGUGAAAUCCUGCAGGUAUAAUGGAAGCAUUUAUCAGCCCGGGGAGACCUUCACCAAACACAACCUCUUUCCAUCCAAGCAAAGCAAUCAGUGUGUUAUGUGCACAUGCUCUGAUGGAAACAUUUUCUGUGCUCUGAAAACCUGCCAGCCCAUCACCUGUUCCUCCCCAGUGUCCGUUCCAGAUACCUGCUGUUUGGUGUGUAAAGAUCAUGGCACCAGUGGGUCCUCAUCAACUGAAGAUGGAAACCAUCAGCUAAACAGAGGCGUUAGGCAUUCGGUCGAUCAGUGUUCUGGUGAGCAGAGCAGGGUGCGGUCCAACCGUGCCACUGCAACCAGGAUCAAGACCUCUCCUAGAGGCCUGAGCCUCAGUAAACUCAACCUCAAAGGGGCUUCAGAGACCACCGUGAAGAUUUUGUUGCAGAGGAAACAUCAAAGAGCGUGUUUAUACAAUGGCAAGACAUACUCUCAUGGAGACAUGUGGCACCCAGUUUUGGGUAAAGUCCUGGAAUGCAUCCUGUGCACUUGUACUGAUGGCAUCUCGGACUGCAAACGCAUCACAUGUCCCAGCCAGUACCCUUGCCAACAUCCUAUGAAAUCUGCAGGAAAGUGCUGCAAGACUUGUCCAGAGACUAAAGCUGAAAGUAACCAGACCCAGUGCUAUCUGGGACAUAAAAAUAACCUCUUGGUGUAUAAAGUCGAAUCAACUUUGAAUGUUGACUCACCCAACACAGUUAGGAUCAUUGCUGUUGAAAGACAAAGUACUGCUGAAGUUGAAGUACAAGUAUGGAACACUGUAGAAGGUGUUUUACAGCUAAUGGAAAUUGGUGACAUUCAAAGAAAAGACAUUUUGGAUCAUCCAGAAAAUUGCACAUUGCUCACAACACUUGAUGAAGAGUCGUGGAGAAAAUUUAAAGAGGAGGGAGAAAAUCUGAGUAAAGCUCCUCAGACCACAAUUUGUGAAGAUGGGAUUCGAGAGAUCGUGACUUUCCUAAAUCCUAAGCAAACUGAAGGCCUGUGUUCACCAUAAUAGUCACUCUUUAUACCGUUACUCCGAAUAACUGCUCGGAUGUCACUCGUGCAAGUCAAAUUUAUCAUCUGUAAAGUUUUUAAUACAUCAUUGUCCAUCAUGUUUUAAUCACCACAUAUUUUACCUACUAGGUUACACAACACAGGCUGCAGCAGUGUGGUUGACAGCUGACUUGCUUAAUGUGUGUACUUGUAACAAUUGAAAAAUUAUUAUUAUUUGUGAAUUUAGCUAGGUGAUCUAAACAAAAUGUGAAUAGGAAAUGUAGAUUUCUGAGGAGCCUCAUUCAGUUGUAAUUCUGGGAUGAGGGCUUCAGAGACUGUUUUUGCAUUUAUUCAGUGUGAUCUGUAUUUCUGGAGAAAAACAAAACAAAAAAAACUUUGCUUAACUACAUGAAAGGAACUUGUAUUUUAAUAUAAGUUGGGUUAGAAGCCACGUUUUGUUUAAAAUGUGAAGGUUUUUAAGGAUAGGGUGAUCAUCAAAGUAUUUAUUGUAAAUACAAGUUUUUGUCACCUUAUUUAAAGUGUAUUGUUUCCCAUAUGAUUUCUGUGUAUAUACAUGUGACUGCUUGAAUGUUUUUUUUUUUCUUAAAGUAGAUUGAGGCAUUACAUGGGGGUAAAUACACAACAUUUUACAAUUGUGCCUUUAGUGUGAAAACAGGCUACUCCAUUUUUUUCUUUUCUGAUGUCAGCUGUAGACCUAUUCUAGCUACUCUGAUGCAGCCGCACAGUUUGUUGUAAUAGCCUGACAUUUUACAGCUCCACAUACCUUAAGUGUAUUUUACAGUGGACAUAGCUGAUGUAGUUGAAUGCACUCUGUACCUCCCCUCACAGCUAUAAAUACCAUAAAGUUUUCUCUGA